AUGUUAUCAGAAGUCAACAAGGAGAUUAGAUAGGAUUAAUUGGUUCCUCAAUUGAAUCAAGCUCCCAGUAGCACAUUCUUCGUGUACAAUUGUUACAUCCCAGUUGUUUAAGAUUUUAUGAAUCAACCCCCCACAUUGCAAGUCCGAAACUCAAGCGAAUCUUUCCCAUAAAUAUUGAAAUAAACAGAUAGUUUGCAAAUGGGACACCUUGGACCUGGGAUGUCUAUUCCCAGUUUUUAAUUUGGAGCAUCUACACCCUUCAUUAAUGCAGACGAUGUCAUGAGAAAUGUUCAACCACAAACUACUCAGAAUCACUUCGCAUCAUUCAUUUUAAAUGAACAACUCAAACCAUAGAAUAUGCCUUAAAAAAACAGAAUCAUUGAAGGUACCCAAAUUUUGUGUGACGUUGAAAUUGUGCUCAUCUCUCGUUAUUUCGAUAUGAAAGCAACUUUAUUUUGCUCUCCCAACAACAAAUACAAUCUAAAAGAGGACACUUCCAUUUCAAAUUCUGAAUGGCUUAAAGAUAGAAUGUCCUACAGAUACAAGAAACCUAUCAAGGAAUCCUUCUGCGAUAUGAUCGAAGUUAUUCAAAAAGAAGGCGAGACUAACAUGAAGGGAAUCAUCCAACCGAUUAAAUUCUAAUAAAAUGGUUUCGAUUCCAUAGAACGGCAAGUGCCCAAAAGUGUGAAAUUAGAAAAACCAUUCUCACUUUUCAUCUUAGAAAUACAAUAACUUAUUUCUUAGUUUCUAUUUAACAUCUAUUGA